AUGGCAUUUAAGCUGGGACCUGAAUGGCAAGGAAAAGCCAAGCAGACCAGAAAGCAGAGCACUGCAGGCAGGGACACAGCCAGUGGUGCAAAGGCUCAGAGGUUGGGAGAAAGUUUGGUCAGCAACAGGAACAAGAACAAACCUGAUGGUUAUGGAAGGGACACCCAACUGGGGGAAGCAGGAUCUAAGAGCCUUGGAAGAGCUGCCCACAGCCUCCUGCAACCAGGCACAUGGGCUGUCACACAAGGUCACCAGCAGAUGGUGUGGGAGGACCCCCAGCUGAGGAACUACUCAAUGUGCCUGCCAUCCCACUCCCUCCAGAGAAAGGGGAGCUUUUGUAAGCGGACAUCUGGAAUCUUGACUCACUCCCAGCUUUCUCUCACUCCAGUUUCAGCCUAUGCGUAUGCCUUUGAAUUUGAAAAUAAAAAGAGCUAUACUCCAGCUCCCACUGAUGGCAGUGAGCCAGCGAAGGCUCCCAUUGGCAAUGGAGACAUCCCCAGCCAGUUUAUACCAGUGAUGGGCAAAGUGUGCACCCGGCUCUUGGUGUCCCAACCAGACCAGGAGAACAUCACCAGUUACCUCCAGCUCACUGAAAAGUGCCUGACUCAUGAGGCAUUCACAGAGAUGCAGAAGAAACAGCUGUCGUCUUAGAAACAGCAAGUGCUGAAGUUCCUCAGCAUGGUCCCACACAAAGCAGCAUUAGAGAUGCAGAACUACCAGCAGCAGAAAGGCUGGGCAUUCGGCUCCAACUCACUUCCUGUACCUGGGUCUGUGUGGAUGGGGAUGACGGGGGGGGGGGGGACCCAGCAGUGGUUCCCCAUGCCUCCCCAGGCCUUCCCGCCUGGCAGGAUGGGCCAUCUGAGCCCUUCAGGCAUUGGGGGCGUCUUUCCCCGACAUGCCCACACUAGCCCCAGCCUUGGGAGUCAGAGCCCACAGAACCUGUGGUUUGCCAACUCCAGAGGCAGCAACAACAUGUCUAGCCAGAGCCGCAGCUCUGUGCAGAGCACCCAUUCUCUCCCUGUCCAUUUCUCACCCCAGGCCAUUCUCAUGGUCCCUGGGCCUGACACUCUGAAGUCUUUUUGUCUGAGCAUGAUAGAACACACCUUGGGUGGUGAGCAUUUCCUCUUUCCCUGA